AUGUCAAUUCUCGAACAAAGCUUGUCCCUUACAGCUGAAGCAAUACCAUCACCACACAUGUGUUUGAUACAUAAAGAAGAAGAUGACAAGCCCAGUCUCUUGCAUCAAGAAGAGGCUUAUCAUAACAUAAUUCAUGUACAACAACAACACAUUGCAAAUAAUAACUCACAAGAGAUGUUUACAUGUGUCAAUCAACAACAUAGCACCACCAUUAAUGAUGCAUUACAAAAGGGUCUCCAGAUUCACCGAGAUGCAACAAAUACUCAUACCAUGAAUGGAUGUGAUAUCAAACUGCUGAAAAUCGUCGAGAGCUUGAUCAUGUAUUUGCAUGCAGAGAAAUCCAAUUUUCAAUUCAUAGCUCAUGAGAACGGUGGUGAUUAUCAACAACAACAACAACAAUUAAUGAGCACUCCUUAUGCUUUGAUUCAACAAUGGUCGACAGGUACCAACAUGAACAUGCAUGAUCCACACCUCUCUGCUUUGUUGACAACACCUUCCAUACUGCAACAUGUUACGGAUUAUCCAAAGUACGACAUGUCAGCGCAGAGACCUGUCAAUGUUGUGCAUUCCCUACAUGCUGCGAGUCUUGCUGUGCUAACCGCAAACAUGCCUCCUUCGGUACGCACGACAGAUUUGACUCCAAGCGCAGUAACUCCAGAAUUGUCUUUUGGAUCUUCCGUGACGGCAAGCUCGGCUAAUAUUUCGAAAUCGCCCUCGCCGUCUCCACCACCAACAUGCAGCACCACAACACCAUGCUCUGCAUCUACUGCUAACAAACGAAAGAACAGUCCCAACAAUUUUGAUACACCAACAUGUUCUAUCCCACACCAAGCGUGCCAAUUGUCUCAUAUUACGAAAAAGAAAAAAGUGAAGCCACUUGAAUUCAAACAACACAAAUUGGAACCAAAACAAGAGGGAAACAAGAGGUCGGAAAAUUGUGACACCACUCAAAUUCAUGCAUCAUCAUCUCUUUCAAGAAGCACAAAAUAUUUAUCUCUAGAGUCACAUCAAGAUAUUCCAGAUGAUGUCAUUUACGAUCAACCAUCGCUGGGUUUAGUACUCAAGUUAUCCAUUCCUCAAGAAAAUAACCAUAUUAGAUUUCAAGUGAAAACCGACGUAUUGUGCAUGAGCGAACAAAACUUGGUUGACAAAUCAAGCUCUCAUGCGAAUACUUCAUGCCGUCAACAGGUUGUAAAGUUACAAAAACAGAUACACACUGCAACAAUUUUGAGAGAGCAAUGGAAUAGAAACACCUAUUACUUUUUGAAGAUACCUUAUUUGAAACUUGGACUCUCCACUAACAAGGAGAGAGGCAAGCUAAAACUAAGAUUCACAUAUUUUUCAACUUCCAUUUCAGACAAAUAUGGCGAUGAUAAUUGCCAAAUUAUCUCACAAAUCGAAACCAACGAAUUUACUACCCUGAGCUCAAAAGCAGCAAGUAAGAGAGUGCAGAAGAAGUUAUGA